ACUCAAGAUGGGAAGCUGUUAACUCUGCAGGAGUAUGACCAUGAGAAGACACCACAGUAUAAUCUACUACUACAGGCCAGAGACAGCGCAUCACAGCUCACCAGUACAGUCAGCUUGACAGUAAAAAUCACUGAUAUCAAUGAGUACGAUCCCGGUCUUCCCUGUGUCCCCAGCCUUCUAUGUUGUGAAGGAGUCUCUGCCAGUUGGGAGAACAGCUAUGUCAGUAACUGCUACGGACAAGGACACAAGUUCAACUAUCACUUACUCUCUGGUCGAUGAAUGGUUUGAUGUUGUCACAGUAAAUAAUGUUGGAAAUAUCCAAAUAAAAAAACUCCUUGACUAUGAGAGUACUCCGAACCACAUGCAUACCUUUACCUUGAUUGCUGUGGAUGACGGUGGCGUACAGAACUUAAAAAGGACGAGUUCUGUCUCCGUCAUUGUUGAAAUUGAGAACGUCAAUACAUGGCCACCUGAGUUUGUCGACUCUUCCAUAUCAAUGAAAGUUCUGGAUGAUGCAGAUGCCCCAGAUUCCACUGUGGAUCGAAAGCUUGUCCUGGAUAUGACGGCUUAUGACCCUGACGGGGAUGGUAUCACAUACCAAUUUGGAGGUGGCAACCACAACAUUUUUGACAUAAAUUCGCACACCGGUAUUAUAAGGCUCAAAACAGCGGCCGACAUUAUUCCUGAUAAUGUCAACGAGUACAACUUUGAGGUUCUGGCUGUGGAUGACAACGGCUGCUGUAAUGAAAAGUCAGUUCCACUUCACACCAGCACAGCCUCUGUGACUGUCUAUAUCGUAGAUGCUGUGAAUCGUAAACCACGCUUCAAUUGUAACUACAAGCCUCAGUUGAAGGAGCAGGAGCCAGUAGGAACACAUGUUGUUACCACAAUUGCAAAUGACACCAGUCGUGGCGAUAAGAGUGAAAUAGUCUACAGUCUACGGCCAGAUAGAAACUUCAACUCUUCAAAGUAUUUCACUAUUGACAAGAAGACUGGUAACAUCACCACAACUAGGGUGCUUGACAGGGAAGAAUUUAACGAACCUAUAUCCAUCACGGUCAUGGCUACUGACCGCGGAGACCCUCCCCUGAGUGAUCUAUGUACGUUUGUCGUGGACCUUAUAGAUAUUAAUGAUCACGAGCCCAGGUUUACAUCCUCAUCAUACUCGCAGACUCUUUAUACAGGGUCCGCUGUGGGUACUCCUGGUAUUGUUGUCUUGGCGACUGAUGCGGACACUGGUGUCAAUGCAGAUGUAACAUAUCAGUUGACUCAGAAUCCAGAUGGAUAUUUCUCCAUAGACGACAAUACCAAGGGCAUUAUAAGCAUCGCUCAGAGUCUUACCACUGCUACUUCUCCCAUAGAGCUGGUGGUGAUAGCUCGUGAUGGAGGUACCACACAGAAGUCUAGCUCCGUUACUAUCACCAUGACGUUACAGUCCGACUACCCACCCCCAAGUACAACACAGUCACAGUACGCCUUCUCUAUGUCUGAAGUUGAUGACAUUGGAACAGUUGUAGGACAAAUAACUGUCACGUCCAAUGUCGACCAGCCUGCUGUCAGUCUUCAGAUUGUUAACAAUAUUGACACUCUGAUCGCAAUCCGAGAAUCUGAUCCCAACACGAAUAAUGGCAUAUUUGAUCUUGUGGUCGGCAGAGAAAGGAUAAAAUACGAAAUUUAUCCAAUGUUACAGCUAGUACUCCGAGCAUCUAACGAGCAACAGGAGCCACAAAAUACAUAUAUCUGGGUGGACCUCCAAAACCAGGAUGCAAACAUGCAGAUUCCGUUAUACCUUGGUGAACCGUAUGUCAGUGCAGACAAUUAUAAUAUCAAACUGGACGUGUUGGAAGGCCUGCCCUUUCCAGAGCUUGUGGGUUCCGUGGUGGCUAUAGAUGAAGAUUUCACUCCAGCAUUUAGAAAUGUAACAUAUUACGAACAAAGUUCAACCUCCAGUCAGUUCUUCAGCAUCAACAGUGUGACUGGAGAAAUCACCACCAAACAGGUUUUUGAUGCAGAGCAGGAACAGAUUUAUUACUUCAGUAUUAUCGCAAAGGAUGGAGCGCCGUCAGCUAGACCAAAUCACCAACCUGAAGGAACACCAAACAGUGCUACUGCAACAGUACAGAUACAGAUCAGCGAUGCCAACGACAAUGCCCCAACAUUUGAUUUACAACAGUAUGCCGCAAGUAUUCCCGAGGACGCACUGAUUCUGACAUCUGUUUUAGACCUCCAUGCAUCUGACCCAGAUUCAGGCCACGUGUUCCGAUUUACAAUGGAUUGUAACAUAGCUACAGGAGCGGUAAUACCAUUUGCUGUUAACUGGACAAGUGGAGUGAUCUAUGUCUCCGGUAACCUUGACUACGAAACAAAAAAUAGAUAUAAUUGCAUUGCAAAAGUUUUUGAUGGGAAAUUCACAGCACAAACGAAUGUAAAUAUUACUGUGCUGGAUGUGAACGACAACCCUCCCACGUUUUCGCAGUCGACAUACAACUUUAAUGAUGUCAACGAGGGAGACUAUCUCAACAACCCAUUCUGGAUUGGUCAGGUAUCGGCCACUGAUGGGGAUACCGGCAGAGUAUCACAGACAAACAUUAUGUAUAGCAUUCUAACAGAGCCGGGGGAUACCUCCAUCAGUAGUAUAUUUGAACUCGGAGCAACGUCAGGAAAUCUGACAGUAAAGGGAUUGCUGGAUAGAGACAGUCAACCCGUCAUAAAAUUUAUUGUGAGAGCGAUUGAUGAACCAUCAUCUAGCCUCCAGCAGACAAGUUACGCCACCGUCGAAAUUCGUCCGCGAGAUAUGAACGACAACAGCCCAAUAUUUGAUAACAGCACCCUAGAAGGCAGUGUGAAAGAAGAACUUGCUGUUGGUACUAGUGUGAUGACUGUCCAUGCUGAUGAUAUCGACCAGGGUCCCAAUGGCGAGGUUUCCUAUAGCUUAGUUCCUACCAUCAACCCUGAUUUCAGAAUCCUUAAUAGUAACUCUGGGCAGAUUCAAACCAAUACAGUUAUUGACCGUGAGAAAAACGACCAUUUUACUGUUGUUCUUACUGCUCAAGAUGGCGCCACUGGUGCCACUGCUAAAACCACAACCGCCACCGCCACCAUCUAUGUGAUAGACAUCAAUGACAACAAUCCUCAUUGUAACGACAGUUUACUCUCUGUAUCGAUUCCGGAGACCAAGGGCGGUGCAAUCAUCGCAGUUCACGCAUACGACCCGGAUUUCUCAGAUGUUUUGUCCUAUAGUGUUUCAACUACCGAUUUUGUACAUUUUGCAACAGAACAAGAAGAUAGCAUUGCUUAUCUACGAGUCCAUAAUAAGCCAGAUUAUGAUGUGGGUGAGACUUUUUUCAAUGUCUCGGUAACGGUCACAGACGGGGUCAACUCUGAUGUUUGUUAUGUCCAAGUCACAGUAGAAGAUGUCAAUGACAACGCUCCUGUCUUCUCCGACAUCAACGUUCUUCAAGGAGGCAAUUUCUCUGAAGACACUGCUGUCAACACAGUGGUCGCUAACUUUACAGCAUCUGAUAUUGAUUCUGGUGACAACAAGAUAUUUGAAUUCUUUAUUUUGCUGGAUUCUGAUCCAAACAAGUACUUCAAAAUAGAAAAUACGGCACAGGAUCAAGGACAAAUCAAAAUACAGAAGGAAUUGGACCGUGAAACUGUACCACAGUUCAAUCUUACACUUCUGGCUAUAGAUUCAGGUUCCCCUCCUCAGACUGGGAGCACCACCAUCAGUAUUGUCCUGGGAGAUGUAAAUGACAAUGGACCCAGACUACUGGUAACACAAGUGUCUAUAAAGGAAAACCUUCCACCUCAGGCCAACUUUGUGUCACUGUAUGCGUUUGAUCCGGACAGUCCUGAGAAUGGCCCACCAUUUAGUUUCAACAACGUUGUAUGUGACUCAAACUUUCCAACAGUGUGCGGCAAAUUUGAUUUCGGCAUCAGAUCUGUUGACUCCACUUUAGGUGGUCAGGCCCUAUCAGUGAGCUCUACGAAGUCGCUGGACCGUGAGGAAGUUAGCCAAUACCUUGUUGAUGUGGUGAUAAAGGAUAAGGCUAGCGUCUCCGCCACCAGCACCCUUACGAUCCUCAUCGAGGGUGAAAACGACAACAUCAAUACAGAUGCUGACCAAUCCCUAUUUGCCUACGACUAUAAUGGCAUCUUGGAGAACGUGGUGAUUGGCCGAGUAGGUUUCAAUGAUCUGGACGGAGAUGAAGACAGGGCUACCAAGACAUUCGAGAAAAUAUCGGACUAUACAGAUUCUUAUGUCAAUGUGAAAACCAAUGGCAGUAUUGAGAUAUUACGAAAUGUUCCGUAUGGUUCGUUCGAUUUCAAAGUAAAAGUGGUAGACUCAGCAGUAAAAAUCGGAGGAAGCAUAAGGUCUGUCACGUCCACAACUACUGUAACAGUUACUCUGGAAGAACUGGAUGAAGAGGCUCCCUACAAGGCUGGCUCUGUCAGAAUCAGUGGAAUCACUGCAGCAGAGUUCAUCAAGACUUCGUCUAAUGGUAAGAGCCAUUACGACAAUUUACGCGAAAAGAUGGCUGAUAAACUGGGUAAACCUGUUGACUAUGUACAGAUAGUGACCGUACUUGACAAAGGUGAUGAUAAGAACAAACUCUUGGAAGUACGGUUCGCAGCCCAUGGAUCCCCAUACUAUACAAGUGCUCGCCUGAAUGGGAUCGUUACUGGAAAUAAAAAUGAGUUCCAAACGGCUCUCGGUGGUAAGAUUGAGACAAUAGGAGUGUCGGAAUGUCUCAAGGAGUCUUGUGAAGGUGGCUGUUGGGAUAAACUAGUUGUGGAGAACGCCCCUAAUGUUGUGAACGCUGGUACAGACACUAAAGUGGGUGUGGUGUCGGGUGUGGUAGCACAGUGUGGGUGUCGCGUACCAGUCAGCCAGAGGGAGUGCACACCCGACUACUGCUUCAAUGAUGGUCAAUGUGUCAAAGACGACUAUGGACUACUCUCAUGUCUAUGUACAGCAGCAUUUGAUGGUCCUCGAUGCCAGAACACCAAGAAAGGAUUUACAGGAACUGGUUAUGCUCUGUUUAAACCCCUGGAGCAGUGCCUUAAGUGGGAGACCAGUAUUGAGUUCAUCACAGUGAGUGAGAACGGGUUAAUCUUCUACAACGGACCUCUAAAUUUUACAAACCCAUCAACAUACACAGACCCUACUGACUACCUGGUCCUACAGCUCCGCAAUGGCUAUCCCGAGCUCUCAGUUGACCUUGGCACUGGGGCACUGACCUUGUACCUCACUACCAAUAAGCUCAGCGACGGCAAGUGGCAUCAUAUCAACAUCAUUAAGAAUGGCAAGAUGAUCACCCUGACAGUUGACUAUUGUCGGACAGCCUCGGGUACAAACAGAAGUAAUUGUGAAGUUUCUGGCUAUACCAAGAGUACACACAUGUAUCUCAAUAUAAACACCCCGCUUCAGAUGGGUGGGUUGUCGCCAUCAACCUUAAAAACCCCCACUGGUGUAACUGACGCCCGAUUUGCUGGCUGUAUGAGAAACCUACGACACAAGGGAGAGCUCUAUGACCUUCACACUGGGGAUGUGUAUGAUGGAGUCAAAGACAGUUGUUCUGAGGAAGAUCAAGCCUGUCAAAACAAGUGUGGUGACCAUGGAGAAUGUCGUGUCACUGAUAUUGCUGUUACACAAAAAACCACUGAAUGUAUCUGUGAUGCUGGUUACCGUGGCAGCAACUGUGAUACAGUCACAACCACAGUGGAUUUUGGUGUCAAUAGUUUCAUGGAAUGGUCACUAGUUAACUCAUUUGCAAACCAGCUGACGGUCAAGGAAACAGAACUACAACUCAUGUAUCGGUCAAGAGAUCAACAAGGUGUGCUCUUCCAUCUGUCUUCUCCUGAUGCUGAUAAGUUCAUGCGAUUAGAGAUUAUGGAUAAUGUGCUGAUGUUAUUGUAUAAUCUUGGUGGAGAUGAAGGGCUCCUCGCCAUGCCUGGAGUAGCGGCCAGUGAUGGUCAAUGGCACACUGUCAACAUCAAGCGUGUUAGUAAGACCAUUAUAAUGUCGAUGGAUGGUGGAGAGGGACCGUUCUAUGUCACCACCCACGGGCCAGCAAAUGGUCAGGGGGAGAUAACUCUCUUACCACAACAGAUAUAUGCUGGAGCAGAAUUGAGAUAUGCAGACAACUCGGACACAACUGGAACAUUUGAGGGCAAGGACUUCAACAGCUCUUGUUACAAUGACAUCAGGCUGGAGACAGCUUGGUUCCCAAUGACUACACAGGAAUCUGGCAACAACCAAAAUAUCAACCUUCUCAAGCGCACAUCUAUUCAAAAUAAUUGUGUCCGGAACGACUGUGUUGGAAUCACCUGUCCGUCUACCUUCGUCUGUAAAGGCCUCUGGGAGGCUUACAGCUGUGUGUGUCCCAGUGGCAAAGUGGAGGUGGAUAACACCUGUGUGGACAUCAACUAUUGUCUGGACAGUCCGUGUAUGGGCUCGGCUACAUGCAGUAAUGGAAACGGCACCUUUAUUUGUGAAUGUCCCCAAGGCUGGAAGGGAAAGAGAUGCAACCAGCUAGCUAUCGUUGAGGUUGUCCCGGAAGCUGGUGUUAAUGUUGGACUCAUCGUUGGUAUCAUUGUAGCUGUGGUUCUUGUUCUGAUCAUUGCGUUUCUGGUGGUACUGCUGUAUAGACGGUGUGCUGGCAAUGACGACAUGGCUAAUCUAGUAGAGGAUGAGAAGGAGGAUUAUGAUAUCAGGGAGAACAUUGUAGCUUAUGAUGAGGAAGGUGCAGGCGAGGAAGACCAUGAGGGAUACGACCUCAACAGACUCCGUAAACCCAUGGACAUGACCAGAGUUGAUAAACCUCUCAUGAACAUGGAAAAUGAGAGACCUGUCAAAUCUGGUCCUCCCCAAGGCCCUGGUAUUGGAGAGUUUAUUGGUGAUCGUCUGGGCGACGCUGACGAAGACCCAGUAGCACCUCCUUAUGACACACUUAUGGAACUAAACUAUGAGGGAGGCGGCAGCUCUGCCGGUUCUUUAAGUUCUCUCAAUACAUCGUCCAGCGGCGGAGACCAGGAUUAUGACUACCUCAACAACUGGGGACCUAAGUUUGCCAAAUUGGCUGACAUGUACAACCAGUAUGAGGACUCGGAUUAAACCAAAAAUCAUGGAGGAUUACACAUCGCUUUUCAAGGCAGAAGAUGGAUGAUAAGAUUACGAGACUUUAUGAGCUGCGAUAUUUCUCAUCUGUUGUGCCAAAAGCAACUGAAAAAAACAAACAUUUGUUAAAGGCCUAUGAAGUAACGUGAAGAAUUCCAUUAUCCAUUUCACAGUUACCCGUUACGAUGACUAAUUCAAUGUGUAAUUCACGGAUUCCAGGACAGAAUCCACGCCAGUUAUUCAUCCAGCUCACACAUGUGUUAAAAGUCUCAUUUCCGCUAGGAUGUCAAUCAGACAGCAUUGUGUGAUUAGUUUCGCCUUUAUCAUUUUUACCUGUGACUCUUUCUGCGAGAGACAGUGGCAAGUGCCCUGAGAGUUUAUCCCCUCAGAAAGGGAUCCGUGGUAUUAGAUGAUGUUUAUUGUCCUCCUAUAGGGAUGUAAUUAUAUUUCUCUACAGGUUUUUGACGUCAUCAGCGAUUUGGUUCAAAUCUGAUGUAAUAAUAAAUAUGCAGAAUAACGGUGUUUGGUGUAUCAGGAACUAUAUAUUUGUUACAUAGACAGUUGUAACACAAUUCAAAUAUAUCAUUUGAAUAAGAAAUCAUAUAUUAUGCAAAAUGAAAAGAGAUGAAUUAUUUUUGAUGAUAUACAUGUCGCAUUUCAUCUAUAUUCCAUUUCAUUCCUGAAGAUUAUUGCCAAUGGUUAUACACAGGGACUUUGCAAAUUCCCAACCCACAGUCCAUAAAUAAAUAUUUAUGUGAGUUGGGAACAUUCACCAAGUCCCUGUGCAGUUUAUGCAUUGUUAAUUAACGUUAUAUGGUUUGUCUAAUGAGUAUGAUUUAGUGGACUACACCAGCAGCUAACAAGCUCCAUCAUAUACAUGUUCACAUCCCACGAUAAGGUGAAAAGGUCAAACACCUCUAAAAUGCCAAACAUCAUAGAUCAUGCCUGGUAAUAUAGUCCGCUGAGAGAAUCAUAGCCAUUCCUGUGAUAUUCAAUAUCUCAGUAUUCAUUACUACCAGUAAUUGCCAAUGUGUCAUAACUACAAACGAUAUACAUAUACAUGUAUAUAUAUUGACGAUGGAACGGUUUAUAUUUAGUGGUAAUUAAGCAGGUUAACUCAGACUGAGACUUGGUUUGUGUUCGUGUUUUCUCAAGUGUAGAUUAUACAAGUUCUAGGCUAUAAAUAGUUACAUUUUUACCUGUAGUAUACAGCCAAUAUAGGUAGCCAGGUAUGAAGUAACAUACCUGUAGAUUAUAGGUAACACAGCUCAUACUGGGUGUAAACAAACAAACAGAUAUGUUUGACUUCUACAUCAUCAGGAGGGCUCAGGUUUUACUCAACGCUUCAUGAGGAUGUGUAUUCUCCUUUGUAAAUUUCCAAUGUAAAUCAUGACUAUUGUCGUGCGACUGUUUGGAUGAAGGUACGUAACAGAGGAUAGGGUCUUUAUUUUAGACAUGCUUGGUUCUCCACAUUGACUUUAUGGGGAUGUAGUUGUGGUAUUUAAAACCAAAGAGCAUUAAGUUUAAGGAAUCUGCGGCAGUAUUGGUUUUCUAGUGAAUAAAAUGUUUCAUAUUCAAUCCAAAUAACCAUCACAUCCUAGGUGUUACGAUAGAGUCAUCCAUAGAUAACGAUAGAAACUGUAUUAUAUGUACAACCCUUCUCUCCCUUUGUAAUAAAGGUGGAAUAAUUUGUCUUUUCUUUUGGACAAGUCUAAAUUGGUCUGAAGGGUUGAAAGUUUGAUUAUAGUGAUUUAUUUCUAUAGACUAAAGAUUUUGUAUAUAUAUAUAUAGAUAUGUGAAAAAAAGUGCUCUGCAUUAUGGAUGAAGAAUUGGAGUGUAUCACUGUGUACUACGCAUAUAUUAAAAUUCCAUGACAGAUAAUUACAUCUUUAAUAAAGGAUAAAUAUUAAAAGUUAUAUUAUAUAUAUUUUCUUAAAAUCAUAUUCCAAGAAUGAAAUAUUUUGCUUGCUGCUCAUUCCAGCUGGAAUCACGACCUAGUCAUUAUGGUGUGAGGAAAUAGGAUUUUAUCAACCCUUGUAUGAAGCAUAUCGACCACAAUGUAUAAGUGUAAUAAAGAGUGUGAAGUUAUGUCAUGUCCGUCAUAUCUAUAUAAUCAAUAAUUCAAUAGCCAAAGUUU